CAGGGGCAUAGCAUCAUCGGGAUUAUAUCAGAUUAUCAGUACGCCAUCUGCCUUGGAUUGGAUCCAUGGCUGGUGAAGCAGCAAUCCAUGGCGCAGCCACAUCUGCACAUGCAUUGCUUCUUCUGUUCCUCGUCCCACUCGUUCUACUUCUCGUCGGUGCGAAAAGAUGGAACCGGAGGAGCAAGCAGCGGCUGAACCUGCCGCUCCCACCUUCCCCUCCGCGCGCGCUCCCGGUGAUCGGGCACCUCCACCUUGUCGGCCCCCUCCCUCACGUCUCCUUCCGCGACCUCGCCAGUAAGCACGGCCGGGACCUCAUGCUCCUCCGCCUCGGCGCGGUGGACACGGUGGUCGUGUCCUCGCCGCGCGCCGCCGCGGCCGUCCUGCGCACGCACGACCACGCGCUCGCGUCCAGGUCGUGCUCCGCCGUCGCCGACAUCAUCUUCUACAAGCGGACCGACGUCGCCUUCGCGCCCUACGGCGAGCCCUGGCGACAGGCCAGGAAGGUGGUCACCACGCACAUGCUCAGCGCCAAGAAGGUGCACUCGUUCCGCCACGACCGCGAGGAGGAGGCGCGCAUAGCCAUGGCUAAGAUCCGUGACGCGGCGGCGACCGCGGGGCCCGCGGCGCCGGUGGACAUGAGCGAGCUCCUGGGCUCGUACGCGAACGACGUGGUGUGCCGGGCGGUGCUCGGGAGAAACCACCGCGACGAUGGCAGGAACAAGCUGCUCCGCGAGCUGAUCGACAUCAACAUGUCGCUCCUGGGAGGGUUCAACGUUGAGGAUUACUUCCCGAGCUUGGCAGUGGCGGACGUGUUCACCGGCAUGGUGGUGUGUCCCAGGGCUAGGAGGGUUCGCAAGAGGUGGGACGAGCUGCUCCACAAGCUCAUCGACGAGCACGGGCGCCAGCGCGAGCAGGACGAUGCCAGCGCAGACUUCAUACACGUGUUGCUCGCCCAGCAGGAAGAGUACGGCCUCACCACGGACAACGUCAAGGCGAUCUUGCUGGACAUGUUUGAGGCGGGGACAGAGACGACAUAUCUGGUGCUGGAAUUCGCGAUGGCAGAGCUGAUGAACAACCCGCACGUCAUGGCCAAACUGCAAGCGGAGGUGAGGAGGAGGCGAGCGCCGGCGGCGGCCGUAGGCAAGGUCGACGAAGGACAAUCACAACAAGACGUGGUAACGGAGGAGGAGCUGGGCGACAUGGCCUACCUGAGGGCCACCGUGAAGGAGACGCUGAGGCUGCACCCGCCGGUGCCGCUGCUCCUCCCCCACCUCUCGAUCGCAGACUGCGAGGUCGACGGCUACGCGAUCCCUGCCGGGACGCGGCUCAUGGUCAACGCGUGGGCCCUCGCGAGGGACCCCGCGUCCUGGGAGGCGCCGGACGAGUUCGCGCCGGAGAGGUUCCUCCAAGGAGGCAGCGCGGCGGCGGUCGACAGCAAGGGGAAGGACUUUAAGUUUCUGCCGUUCGGGUCCGGGCGGAGGAUCUGCCCCGGCAUAAACUUCGCCAACACUGCCGUGGAGAUGAUGCUAGCGAACCUCGUGUACCAUUUCGACUGGGAGCUGCCGGCGGGGACGAAGGGGGUCGACAUGACUGAAGUGUUCAGCUUGUCGAUCCGCCGUAAGGAGAAGCUCCUCCUUGUUCCAACUCCAAGAUCUCGCCGCGAGGAGUGAGGCAUGUUUGUUUCGAAAAAGCAUUUAAUUAGGUGCGCGCAAUCAAUCCGCAUAGGCAGUCAAAGAAGUCAUCAGAAAACUGGAUGUUUUACAGCAUGUACACGCAAUAUUCAUGUUAUGUCACGAAAUUUCAAGCCCAAAA